AUGAACAGCAGCAGCUACUCCCUUCCCACGAUGGUGCCCAACAGCUCAUUGCUGGACAGCAUGUCACUCUCUCACAGCACAGGGGGUAGCUGCAGCAGGAGUGACGGGAAGGCGCUGCUGAUCAGCAAGCCCUUCAGGUGCUCCGAGUGUGGCCGCUCCUUCGCCCAGCUGACCGGACUGGAGUUGCACGAGAUGUCACACGUGGCGGAGCGGCCGUACCCUUGCGAGCUGUGUGGCAAGACCUUCGCCCAGACCUCGGCUCUCACCAAGCACCAGCGCGUGCACACCGGCGAAAAGCCCUACCCGUGCCUCGUGUGUGGCAAGUGCUUCGCCCUCUCUUCCGGGCUGGUGCUGCAUAAGAGGAUCCACACGGGCGAGCGGCCCCACACCUGCCCCGUCUGCAGCAAGACCUUCAUCUCCUCCUCCCACCUGGCCCUGCACCUGCGCUCCCACACCGGUGAGCGCAAGUACAAGUGCAGCGUGUGCAGCAAGCUCUUCCUGCAGUCCUCCCACCUGGUGCGGCAUCGGGCCAUCCACACGGGGGAGAAACCGUUCCGGUGCCCCGAGUGUGGGAAGGGGCGUCCCACCUCAAGACGCACCGGUGCCUGCACACGGAAGGCAGGUCUCAUCAUGCACCAGCGUCUGCACAUGGGCGAGAGGCCCUUCAAGUGCGACAGGUGUGGCAAAAGCUUCCGCUCGUCCGCCCACCUGCUUUCCCACCAGGCCCUGGAGUCUGGUGAGCGCAACUUCAAGUGUGCCCAGUGCGAAAAGGCCUUCAAGUCGGCCUCCUCCCUCAAGCAGCACCUGAAGACUCACGAUACUAGCGAGACAUUCCACUGCGAGGUGUGCCAACGCUCCUUCGCGCGUUCCUCAUACCUGGAGCUCCACAUGCGCACCCACAGUGGCGAGCGGCCCUACCACUGCAUGGUCUGCAACAAGACUUACGCCAAGAUGACCACCUUCGAGCACCACUGCAAGAGGCACCAGCAGCAGGACCAGGAAAAGGAUGAGGAGGAGAAAGAAGAGGAGGAAGAGGAGCCCCCACCACUGCUCUCACCACCUCAGUCUGUCAAGACCAGGGCCAGUGCCAAGGGGAAAGCCAAGAAGGGCAAGUGA